AUGACUUCUGCAACAUCACCUAUCAUUCUGAAAUGGGACCCCAAAAGUCUGGAAAUCAGGACUCUCACAGUGGAGAGGCUGCUGGAGCCACUCGUUACCCAGGUAACAACACUUGUUAACACCAGCAAUAAAGGACCAUCUGGCAAGAAGAAAGGGCGCUCAAAGAAGGCUCAUGUCUUGGCUGCUUCAGUGGAGCAGGCCACACAAAACUUCUUGGAAAAGGGAGAUCAAAUUGCUAAGGAGAGCCAGGAUCUGAAGGAGGAAUUGGUUGCUGCUGUAGAGGAUGUACGCAAGCAAGGGGAAACAAUGAGAAUUGCCUCCUCGGAGUUUGCAGAUGACCCCUGCUCCUCAGUGAAGAGGGGCACCAUGGUGCGGGCGGCUCGCGCCUUGCUGUCUGCCGUCACUCGCCUGCUCAUCCUGGCUGACAUGGCUGAUGUCAUGAGGCUUCUGUCACACCUGAAGAUUGUGGAGGAAGCGCUGGAAGCUGUGAAAAAUGCAACAAAUGAGCAAGAUUUAGCCAAUCGCUUUAAGGAGUUUGGGAAGGAGAUGGUGAAACUCAACUAUGUGGCUGCCAGAAGACAACAGGAACUGAAAGAUCCUCACUGCAGGGAUGAAAUGGCUGCAGCUCGAGGUGCUCUGAAGAAGAAUGCCACCAUGCUGUAUACUGCAUCCCAGGCCUUUCUCCGUCACCCUGACGUUGCAGCCACCAGAGCCAACAGAGACUAUGUCUUCAAGCAAGUGCAGGAAGCAAUUGCUGGCAUCUCCAACGCUGCCCAGGCCACCUCACCCACUGAUGAGAACAAGGGGCACACUGGCAUAGGGGAGCUUGCUGCUGCAUUAAAUGAGUUUGAUAACAAAAUCAUUUUAGACCCGAUGACUUUCAGCGAGGCACGCUUCAGACCGUCUCUUGAGGAAAGGCUGGAGAGCAUCAUCAGCGGAGCUGCCCUGAUGGCAGACUCCUCGUGCACGCGAGACGACCGCCGGGAGCGCAUCGUGGCCGAGUGCAACGCCGUGCGGCAAGCCCUGCAGGACCUGCUCAGCGAGUACAUGAAUAACUGCAGCUGGGGACACUGGAUGGUGAAACAUUGCAAAACUGGAAGGAAGGAGAAGGGAGAUCCACUUAACAUUGCUAUUGACAAGAUGACCAAGAAAACAAGAGACCUUCGAAGACAGCUACGGAAGGCAGUAAUGGAUCAUAUAUCAGACUCAUUCCUGGAGACCAAUGUCCCAUUGCUGGUUCUCAUCGAGGCUGCCAAGAGUGGCAAUGAGAAAGAGGUGAAGGAGUACGCUCAGGUCUUCCGUGAACACGCCAACAAGUUAGUUGAGGUUGCAAAUCUGGCCUGUUCAAUCUCAAAUAAUGAAGAAGGUGUGAAGUUAGUCCGCAUGGCAGCAACACAGAUUGAUAGCCUGUGCCCACAGGUAAUAAAUGCUGCGCUCACGCUGGCCGCCAGACCCCAGAGCAAAGUAGCCCAGGACAACAUGGACGUCUUCAAAGAUCAGUGGGAGAAACAAGUGAGAGUUCUCACUGAAGCUGUUGAUGACAUCACUUCAGUGGAUGAUUUCCUCUCUGUUUCAGAAAACCAUAUUCUGGAAGAUGUGAAUAAGUGUGUGAUUGCUCUCCAAGAGGGGGACGUCGACACGCUGGACAGAACCGCAGGUGCCAUCCGAGGCCGUGCAGCCAGAGUCAUCCACAUCAUUAAUGCAGAGAUGGAAAACUAUGAAACUGGAGUUUACACUGAGAAGGUGCUGGAAGCUACCAAGCUGCUCUCUGAAACAGUUAUGCCACGUUUUGCUGAACAAGUUGAAGUUGCCAUCGAAGCUCUGAGCGCCAACGUCCCGCAGCCGUUUGAAGAGAAUGAGUUCAUAGAUGCCUCCCGCCUGGUUUAUGAUGGAGUUCGUGACAUCAGGAAAGCUGUUCUCAUGAUAAGGACCCCUGAAGAGCUUGAGGAUGAUUCAGACUUCGAGCAGGAGGAUUAUGAUGUCCGCAGCCGAACAAGUGUUCAGACUGAAGAUGACCAGCUCAUUGCUGGCCAAAGUGCAAGGGCAAUCAUGGCUCAGCUUCCCCAGGAGGAGAAGGCUAAGAUUGCUGAGCAGGUAGAGAUAUUCCACCAAGAAAAGAGCAAACUGGAUGCAGAAGUUGCCAAGUGGGAUGACAGUGGUAAUGACAUCAUUGUGUUGGCAAAGCAGAUGUGCAUGAUUAUGAUGGAAAUGACAGACUUUACUAGAGGUAAAGGCCCCCUGAAGAAUACAUCAGAUGUCAUUAAUGCAGCCAAGAAGAUCGCAGAGGCAGGAUCGAGGAUGGACAAAUUGGCACGGGCGGUGGCUGAUCAGUGCCCUGACUCAGCCUGCAAGCAGGAUCUGCUAGCCUACCUGCAGCGCAUUGCCCUCUACUGCCACCAGCUCAAUAUCUGCAGCAAAGUGAAGGCAGAAGUUCAGAACCUGGGAGGAGAACUUAUUGUGUCAGGGACUGGAGUUCAGAGCACUUUCACUACCUUUUAUGAGGUAGAGUGUGAUGUCAUAGAUGGGGGCAGGGCUAGUCAACUUUCUACCCACCCACCCACCUGUGCUGAGGGAGCUACGCUUGAGACCGGAAGCGGUGACUCCUCGACGCUGGACAGUGCCACUUCUCUCAUCCAGGCAGCUAAAAACCUGAUGAACGCUGUGGUCCUUACAGUGAAAGCAUCAUAUGUGGCUUCCACUAAGUACCAGAAGGUCUAUGGUACUGCUGCAGUGAACUCACCAGUUGUGUCUUGGAAGAUGAAGGCCCCCGAGAAGAAACCUCUGGUCAAGAGAGAAAAACCAGAAGAAUAUCAGACGAGGGUGAGAAGAGGGUCCCAGAAGAAACACAUUUCACCUGUACAGGCCUUAAGUGAAUUUAAAGCUAUGGAUUCAUUCUAA